UUCGGUAUCUCAAGCCCUAUAACUGGGUGGGGCGAGAGAAUUCUCUAGAACGUCUCUCGAUCCCGGAAAACGCCCGUGGGCAGGAAGGCGACCACCCUAGAGCGUAUGGACGAAGAAACCCCCCUCGGAGGAAAGCCUAAUGGUCAUCUUCUCUCGCCUUAAGCCCUACUGCCUCGACCUCCUCGACCUCCUUCGCAACCCUAAGAAGGAUGCCUCCUUCCUUGCCGAGAUGGUCGACUGCCUCCGAAGCGUCCCCGCCGCCGCCUUCCAGCCCUCUCUCGAUGUAGAUAAGAGAAGAAGGCUGACUCGGAUGGGGAUUUUGGGAGUGGCGGUGGCCCAUUAGGUGGGCAUGCGAUCAGUGAUUCUGCGGCAGAAGGGAUGCUAAUGUGCCUACAAGAACUUUUAAAGAAAUGCCAUUUUGGGUCUGUGAAUCAGAUGGUUGUGGUGCUAAAGAAAAUUGUCACAGGAGCUAUGCUUUCACAUUCUGAGGCAUCAGAAGAAUUUCGUGAAGGAAUAAUAAGAUGCUUUAGGGCGAUGCUUCUCAAUUUACAACCUUGCUCUGUUAGUUCCUGUUCAUGCAAGCAAAUGGUUAUCAUGCCUACAUCCAAAUCUAUUGAUGGUGCUAUUGUGCAUCAUAAUACUCUCUCGAGGAAUUGCGUAGAAUCGCUAGAAUGUUUGCUAGCAUUUCUCCAAGCUCAAAAUGCUUCAGCUGCAGUAGGGCAUUGGCUAUCACUUCUUCUCCAAGCUGCUGAACUUGAGGCACUAAGAGGACACCGUGGAAGUGCAAAUCUCCGGAAAGAGGCAAUUCUUACCUUUCGAGUCCUUGCACACGUUGUAUACUUGAUUAUGAAGUUUUCACAAGCUCUCGAGGCUCAGGUUUGAGAAGACCUAGGUGUUUCUGUAGAGUGUAGACUUUGUGGAAUAUGAAACAUAAGUUAGGAUGGUUUUGUUUGAUAUAUGAACUGUUUUAAAUUUGACACUUUUGAGUUGGAUACAUAUAGAGGCAUGUAUUGCAUUGUUAAAACUAUACAAAGUUUGUCAGACAUUGCUUCAAAAGAUAUCUUGGGCACCAAUGUGGGCACUUGCCCAGGUACUCACCUGGACUGGGUUUGGCGAUAAGCUCUUCAAUUUACCAUGUAUGUGUUACUUUUGGAGGACAAUGCUUGUUCUGUUGCCUAGGAGGUAGCUUAUCAGCCUGCUUAAACAGGAGUCUUGAUGUAAAUGGAUAGAACUAUGAUGAUAUGUUUAGUGGAGUCAUUGACUGUUUACCAUAUAACUAUAAGAUAUCUCAACUUUUCUUACACCUUCAAUCAAUGCCAUGAUUAGCUAAAAUUUUAUUAAGAGCUGCUUUGGAUUAUUUUUUUUUUAUGUUUCUUCCAUAGCAAGUUGUUGUAACCUACUUAGAUGAGAUUGCAACAAGCAGUGAUUGCAAAAGGCGCUCGCCUAGGCGCUCGGGCGAGGCGAGGCGAGGCCCGAGCGCCUCGCUAAUGUCCCAGGCGGCGCGCUUCAAACAGGCGCCGCCUGGGCGCUCGCCCGAGCCCAGGCGCUGGGCGCUUCGGGCGAGCGCCUGGGUAAACCAAGGCGACCGAACCAGAAUUUUAGGUCUGGUUCGGUCCUGGUUCGGUUGUUAGUUGGUUCAAUCGAACCAACUAAACCGAUAUAACCCCAACCCUAACCCUAACCCAACACUAACCUGCUGCCGCUGCCGCUCUCGAUCCCGAUCCCGAUCGCGAUCUCGUCGCUCGCUGCCACUGCUCCCGCUGCCGCUGUCGCUGCUCGCGCCUCCCGCGAGCCCUCUCGUUGCUCGCGCUUCCUGCGAGCCCUCCCGCUGCUCGCGCCUCCCGCGAACCCUCUCGCUGCUUGCGUCUCCUGCGAGCCCUCCCGCGAGCCUUCCCGCUGCUCGCGCCUCCCUCGAGCCACCCCGCUGCUCAUGCCUCCAGCGAGCCCUCCCACGAGCCCUCUCGCUGCUCGUGUCUCCUGCGAGCCUUCCCGCUGCUCACGCCUCCCUCGAGGCCACCCGCUGCUCGCGCCUUCCUCUCCCUUUCCCUUUCCCGCUGCCGCUCGCCGCCGCUCGCCGCUGCUUCCUCGUUUCUCCGUCAGCAGGUUUAUACUGUUAAUGUGAUUAUAUUUAUUAAUUAUAUUAUAUAUUUUUAUAUUUUUAUUUAAAAUUUUAAAUAAUUAUAUUUAUUAAUUAUAUUUUAUAUUUUUAUAUUUUUAUUUAAAAUUUUAAAUAAUUAUAUUUAUUAAUUAUAUUUUAUAUUUUUAUAUUUUUGCGCCUCGCUUCGCUCGGGCGAGCGCCUAGCGCCUCGGGCGUUUUUGGACCUUGGCGCCUUUUGGCGCCUAGCGCUUUUUAAAUCACUGGCAACAAGAAGCAAGUCCUUGAAGAGCAUGUUAGCAAAACAGAGGAACAUGUUAAUAAAAGAAAAAAAGGGAACGUGUUAAUCAUUGAAUGAAAAAAUUGGUCCAUUCCCUCAUCAAUAUUUCGUAAGCGAAGUGAGCAGGAUCUUUAUUAUAAAUCUGAUCGACUAACAUUAACUGCUGCUGCUGACUAUAGUGAUCUUAGGUGUGAUUAAUUGUCGGGAAGGCCAAAACUGCACCUUAUGGGGGUUUGCUGUAGUUCCUGCAGCUGUUUCUGAUCAUCCCUGAUGCAGCAAGACGUCCCUGACUAUAAUGAUCAUUUGUUACCUGAAUUUGGAUCUGUAACAUGUGCUCCAAUUAUUCAUGUUGCUGAAUUUGGAUGCAACAAGACAUUGCCUCCUCUCGUCCCUCUCCUCGCAAAUCGCCAGAUAUUGUUCCACUCUCUUUCUUGACCAUCUUUCUUCGUUCUUUUUGUUUUUUUCAUUCUUCUAUUGUUUUGGUUUCUGAAAGGACCUGAGUUCUAGGUUUUCGUUGGGUUUCCAUCAAGCUUCUUGGCGCAAAUUUUCUCAUGGUCCGUUUCUUUCUUGAUCAAUAUUUCUUUAAUCUUGUCCUGUCGAUGGGUUCUUGACUUCAUCUAAGUUUUUAGGUGUUUUUUUUUUUUUUUGUGGCUAGAUGAGCGAGGAGCCGUCGGAGGUCGUUGAUCGAUUGAGGAAACUUUUAAGGAUGGGGCUUGUCGAUGGAAAGUGGGUAGAUGACUACGAUGGCAAGACUAUUCAGGUAUCUAUGAAGGCGUGUCUUGAAGGUGUCUUGUUUCUCUUUCAGUUGAUGUUCCCUUGGACUAAGAAUUGAUUGAAGGUGUGAAUAUUUAGGGUAUUCCACGUGGUAGUUUAAUAUAGUACAUUUAAAGAAUAUCUGUUAUUCAAUAGGAGAGGGAGAUUGAUUACGAUAUUGUUUAUGGAAUUAUAGGAUGGUGGUUAAGAAAUAGAGAGGUGACGUCGUCGAAUAUAUAUGCAUGUAUAUAUAUAUAUAUAUAUAUAUAUAUAUAUGCAUGUAUAUAUACAUAUAUAUAUACCUAUACCGAAUGGUAUACCACUCGGUAUGCAGUAUCUUAUCAUACUGAGCAAAUGUCGAAACUUCGGUAUGGUAUAAUACUUCAAUCCUUAAUAUAUACCUGUUGAUUAAGAAGUUCUUCCUCGUAAUACUUCAAAAUUAGCCUCCUAAAUUUGAAUCAAUCCAUAAAUCGUUGUUUUGUUGAGCUUAGGAGAGUGAAAAAUGCGAGAAAAAAUAAGUUUGAGAGAGUUUAAGAGAAUGAGAGAGUGAAAUAGAUUAAAAUACGGGUAAGGGUUUAAAAACCCUUGAGAAGGGCUCCAACGGUCAAAUUGAUCGUUGGAGCAAUGUUAUAGUUGGUAAUGAUCGAUUUCGACCAUUACCGACCUAUACCAGGUAGUAAUAAUCGAAAUUUCAAUCGUUAUCGUCCUGUACAGUCCCGUAUCGUCCUAAACCCUAAAAUCCUAAACCCUAAACCCUAAACGUUAAAAAAAAAUUCAAUAUUUUUCUUAUUUUUCAUUAAUGUAUUAUAAUGUUCCAAUUAUGAGCCGUUAUGAGCCGCAUCCAUUGAGUAAUUUGUUGAUCAUUUAUUUUUUCUCAUUUGUCUUGCUUCAAUUAGGUUAAAUCUCAAUUUUUUUUAUAGUAUGAUUUUUUGUAGGAAAUUUGAUGUCCCGACGCGGCGUGUCUCGUGGCCCACGGGCUCGUUGCGGCAUGUUCGGCUCACACGUCAUCCUGAUCAAUUAUAACUUGGUCAAACCUGAGUCGAGCUAGUUUGGAUCUUUAACCAAAUGAAUAUAGUGACCCCAGGCGCCCCGGUGCCCUAAACACGGACUCUUUCUCCCCAUCGGCGACUCUCUCUCUCCCCCUAGCGGCGACUGAGGCGUUUCCUCGGCUAGCGACUGUCUUCCUCCAUCGGCAAACAGCGGAAGCAACGGCGGUGUCUUCCUCCGGAGAGUUCUGAUGGAAUUUUAGUUAUUAGAUUUGCUGACCAUCUUCUUGACACCAUCAAUUAACUUCUCACAUGUUUGCAUUUUGUUAAAAUAUGUUUGUUUUCUUUUUCUUUUCUUUUUUUGCCUAUGUUUUUUGGUGAAAGGAAAAUUAUAUAGUGUAGUAGGGUUAGUAGAUAAUCUUCUCCUUUGGUGAAUAAAUAGUUUAGUGUAGUAUUGCUUAUUUCUUUUUUGCUCGAUUGAAUAAAUAAUUUAGUAAAUAUUAUGUGAUAAUGCGUAAUUAUUAUUAUCUAUUCAUAUGUGUCAUUAUUUAUUAUUAUUAUUAUUUCUUUUCUGCUUAUUUUUUUCUCAUUAUUAUUUAUUCAUACGUGAUAAUGUGUAAUUAUAUUUACUAUUUUUCUUUUAACUUGUAACUCUCUUAAUAACCUUGAUUUUAACUAGGAGAAGAGAGUUUAGAAGCAUGCCUAUCUUAGAGUGAUAAGAUGAAAGCAUCAGUUACUUGGAUCAACUUGUCGACAACGUAAUCAUCGUACCGGAUUAUUGAAGUGGAAUCUUGGAAAGGACGGAGUUGACUAUGAGGUGAUUCAUAGUGUAAGAAUUCCUAACCCCUUCCAGGACCCUAUCACGUUUACAACAACAUAUGAUGACUGAUAGACACUAUAUCUGUAAAUGUUUGUCUGCACCCUUAACUAGAUGCAAAAUGUUGCAUAUGUCAGUAAUAGUACAAAAUAGUGCCAGUUUAAUGGGUUAGGGCUUGGCAUAUACUCGUCUUACAUGUGGUUGAGGAUUUAUGAUCGAUAAUUUGUUGUGCAGAAUAUAAGUUUUAUCCUAAUUAAUUACAGAGUUUAUGAUAUUAUAAGAAUUUCUUAUGGUAUGAUUUGGGACUACCUUCAUGUAGAAGCUAUGUCUGAUGACAAUAGGCAUUAAUGCUCCAAAUCAUUCAAAUCAGAUAUGCACAGAAAGAUCUAUGAGUCUAGUUUCUGAUAAAUUAUAUUUUGCAUAGAUCAAAGUUCUCAACAGAGAGUUAUAAGCAACAGAGUACUGAAAGGUCAAAAUCGAUAGUCUUUGUCUUAUAGAUUUCAUAGGGUCAAUUGAAAUAACAGUUUGGACUGGCAAAUAGACUCCAAAUUUAUCAAUCUUGAUAUCAAAAGAAGCCAUUGAGUCUGUUUUUUGAUAUAUGUAGUUUCGUCAGAAUCCAAAAUCGAUACAGAAAGUUAUGACUAGAAUAAUACAAAAAGGUCAAAUCUUCGAAAAAUUCUAGAAUCACAGUUUUGUUCCCAAACGAAAGAAAUUUCAUGUAUGAAGCCAAAAUCUUCGAAAAUUUUCAGGAUUAAGAUGAAAUCAGAGAUCAAAAGUUCUGUAGGAAGGGGUUAGAACACUUACCUUAAAUAAAUUUGAGUCCCAAAGGUGUGGAAUUGAUGCAAAAUCUCAAGCCAAAACAAAGCUUCUUCUCCUUCUUCUACUUCAAUUCCUCUUCCCUUCUCCUCUCAAACCCACGUUGGCUGCAGCUCUUAAGUUUUCCUCCUUUAAUUUCUCCAUUAAUGCAUUAGAUUUGGCUAAUAUAAGGAUUGCAAGGUGGCAAGCAUACAUGAAAGAGUCCUAUGUGUCAUCCUUAGAACAAACAUAGGUGGCACCCUCCUUAGGUUAGCAAGUGACACAUGUCCACCAUUUGUUUUUUUGUUAAAACUUAAUAUGAAUCUUUCACAAAUCAUAUCCAAUUUUUAAUAUUUACAUUUAGGUCCCUACAUUACAAAUAGACCCUUAUAAAAUUUUUAAAAAUGAGGGAUGUUACGGUGCACUGCAACAGGGUUUAGGGUUUAGGGUUUAGGUCCCUACAGUGCACUGCACUGCUACUGUAACAGUGCAUUGCUAUAGUGCACUGCUACAGACGGACCGGUACCGGGCGGUUCACGUACCGCUAGCCUAUCGGACCGGUACGUACCACCCGUACCGGGCGGUAUGAUCCGGUAUGGCAGACACCGGAUAAUAUCAUAUUUUUUCUUGGACAUAGUCCUAUUUUUCAUAUGAUUGUAGUCUCAUUUUUACCAACAUGUUCUAUUCUUUUCUCUUUUGUCUUUUAACAAAUGCUUUGAGAUGAAAUUUUAUGAACUUAUUUUUCUUUCUAGAUGUCAGACAAGCAGGCAAGUUCCAACCUAGAAACAAUUCACAACCAAAAAAGGGAGCUGCUAAAUCUGUUUCUUUUAUUCUUCCUGAUGCUUCCAUUACAGGUCCUCCUCCCAUGGGAUCCUUUUCUUAGACAACGAACCCUUCUUCUGUACAAGCGAAGAUCGAUAUACUGGUGGACAAUCCUUUGCGUUCAUCAAUCAUAACCUCAGACUGCAAUGAAGGUGUUCAAUUAGAUCACCGAGAGGUGGGAGAAGAGAUGGAUGGCAGCCGAAGUGAUGAUUGUCAUAGGGAUGAAAAUACGCCUAAGCCAAAGAGGACCAAGAGAAAGUCAAAGAGGCAGACAAAUGAAAUUGGAAAACCCACUCGGAAGCGUAAGAAAGCCUUUGAAAAACCUGAUUCUGUUGUAGAGAAUUCACCUAAAAAGAAGUUUCCUCAUGCCACAAGGCGAAGGAGAAGGCAAGUGAAAAAAGUUUUACUGCAAACACCUGAAGAUGAGAUUGACCCGAGACAGAUUAGCAUAAGAGGCCUAAUAAUGCUUGCAGAGGCUAAGGAGCAGAUAGGAAGUAAAGAAACGGCGGCAAUGAGUAAAUUAUUCUCAGGUCAGAGGCUAUUCACCAAUUUGGAACUGAUUUUGCAAUGAUACAGCAGCUGUUCCCUAAAUCACACCCGACAUUAAGUGAAACUAAAAUUCAAAAUUGAAGAACGCAGACAUCCUUUGCAAGUCCAUGAUACUUUACUUCAUCCUUCCAAAGUCUCACUCGAAUUUUGAAGGUGAAGUCGAUGGGCCCUGAGGAGUUGGAUGAUUCGAAAGGUGAAGCCAUUAGUCCCUAGAAUUUUGAUGGGCAUCAAGGACACGGAAAAAAACUCUCUGGGAGAUCUGAACCAUGGUUGGAUGGGCCCCUAACUAUCCUGCCUUGGCAAGGAGUAUCAAAAGUAUGAUUGAUUGCCUACUUGUGUUAUUUAUUAUCUUCUUAUAUCAUAAUUUUGUUUCUAUCGAUUUUAUCAUGUGUUGAGAUGUGUUUUGUGAUGGGGGGAUAUUCGUAACUUGAAAGAAAUCAGUCGCUCUUCUUCGUCACGGUAGCAAAUUUUUGCCUCUGGAGUUACUUUCCACGUGAAAGGUGGUUACGCUGCUUUUAGUGUGCCAGACAAUUGUUGGAAAUUUAAUUGAGAUACUCAAUUUCAGGAUAGAAAUAACAAGUAUCCACUCAUUUUAAGUAGCAUGAGGCAUUUGAGAGACUAGCACAUUGUAAGGAUUGUCUUUUCCUUCAUCUGGAGGAUCCGUAGGAAUCAACAAGGAUCAACACAACUCAGCCAACCCCACACUAGAGUCAGAGUCAUUAUUGAGUUGAAGUAGCAUGGCGGAUCAAAUGUUCGACUACUCAAAAACAGCAGCGGAGAGCAGCUGAGAGCCAAGAGACGCAUUGCAGCUGGAGCAGAAGAUUGAAGACUCAGCAAAGACGAGGAGUUGCAGUGUUCACAAAGGCUUCGACGAAGACGUCGAAGGAAUAAGUGGGGGAGAAUGUCACGGACAAACUUCGAAACAGGAUAUUUUAUGUAAUGCAUAUAUAUGUCCGUAUCUUUUGGUAUGUUCAUGCUUUGUACAGCAUGUACAGGGACGGCCGAAGGCUUAAUAGUCUCAUUUUAGUUGGGUUGGUGGUCGCUUUAAGCUUGUAAAUAAAGGUUGUCAUGUGGACACUAGUGAGAGAUUUUCGAUUUGUAAUGGACCAUUUUGACCCUUUGUUGUGUAACUAUUCAGAACUUGUAAAGUCUGUUUGUAAUUUGCAUUGCCUAUGAAGUGUUUCUGAUUGAA